AUGGACCCGUUUGAACGGGCCCGGGCCCACCAGCAGGCCCACAAACGACGAAGCCAGUCCAAGCGUACCCCGUUGGGAGUGAUUGAUGGUAACCGGAUCACCAAGCCUCGCCACAAGCAUAAGACGGUGGAGGUGGAAGUGCCAAGUCGCAGACGCGUCCCUACUCUGACGCUUUCCUCGCCUCAAAAGCCUACGAAAUUAAGCCAGUUGGCUAGAUUACAACGUCAGCUCGUUACGAUACUGGCUCAGCAACCGCCCACUUCCCUGGUGGCCUCGGUGUGUCGCCACGUGUGUCUUUCUCUUGACAAACUUCAGCGAGCGCUGACGCGUACUCAGGCAGUGACGAUUGCCACCGUCAGACCUCUAGGGAGACAGUUAUCACUAUUGACGGAUCUAGAGGGAAAGCAAUACAAGGUGGAUGCUAAUGCUGAGUCGCUUACAGAACGGUCUACCGUAUCUAUUCUGGUAAACCCCAUCCAAGGCAUUCACCACGUGGACGUGACCCCUACCAGCCACUAG